UUCGAUUACCGCAGAGGGAAGACGCAACUUCGAAUCUGCACAUCUCCUGCUCCCGUGAAUAGGGGAUGAUGCCUUUGAGGAAGAAGCCUCCCAGCGGAAAUCCGGCUGAAAUGAGGCUCAUUAUCACAACUAAUGGCGGGUUCUGGCGCUUAUGCUCGCUGUGGCUUUUCUUUCUCUCCUUAGUGUUUUGUCCUGCAUGCGGGUCAUCGGGCCAGGAGCACGUAUGUGCUCACGAUACACACAUCGUCCCACAAAUGCGAGCUUUCCACCAGCAGAGAAAAGCCAACAAGAUAAUAAGGGCACUUAUGGAGGAGAGAGAAGGCAAGGAGAGGGAUCUUAGAAAACUUCAAGGAAAUGAAUCAAUGGUGUAUUCAAAACCAAUCCGCAUACAGCCGGUUUACCUCCUAGGGUCGUUAAGCGGCGACCCUGCUGACUUCCUCAAACAGUGGUUGAUCCCGGAAGCAAUAAGAUAUCUACAAAGAGCAGUCUCUGUCAAGAGACCUGUGGAUGGGAACCUCCGUUUAAUGCCAGAAUGCACUAGAUGGCAGAAGUGGACCGAUGGGCGAUUCCAGUGCAACUCAUGGAUGUUAUCCUGCUUGGUUGUGGAUAAACUGAACGCAUCUCAUUUGGAUGCAUACACAACGUGUUCUCAGGAGUCGAACACUGCUUGUCAAACAACUCCAGCAGGGGAAGGGGUUCCAUAUGCAGACUUCAUUCUUUAUGUCACUGCCACGCAAACACCCGCAUGUGGGCAAACAACAGCAGCACAUGCCGGAGCUUGCGCUUUUGAUCGUCUGACCGAUCGGCCGAUUGCAGGAAAUGUGAACUUCUGCCCUUCUUUCUUUGAGGAUGAUAAGAUGACUCGUCCUAUUGGCAGGCUUUCGAUUGCCAUUCAUGAGAUAACUCAUGCGUUGGUUUUCAGCCAGUCGUUGUUUGAGAACUUUCGAGAUGAGAACGGGGACUACAGGAUCGCUCGAAGUUCAACAAAGGAUUCGUUUCCUAAUUCAAGUAAGCGGGCUGUGGACGACGUUUCUCCAGUUGUCAAUACUUUUACUGAGAGAGACAGACAAGUAAAGAAGAUUGUCACACCCAAGGUGCUUCAAGAAGCAAGGGAGCAUUUUGGUUGUCCAACACUGAACGGGGCUGAAUUGGAAAACAAUGGAGGUGAAGGAACAAGUCUCAGCCACUGGGAAUCGCGCAUUUUUGUGGGGGAACUGAUGGAGGAGGAGGAGAAGAUGGCCGCCCUUCUACAGGAGAAGAAGGAGAAGGAGGCCAAGAAGAGGGCCUUGAAGGAGGAGCAGGCGGCCAAACUUAAGAAGAUGGAAGAAGAAAUGGCCAGAGAGAAAGAGAGGUUGAAAAAGGAAGAAGAAGAGAAGCUGAAGGAGGUGGAUGAAGAAGAGGAAGGACCGCCACUGCAAAGGAGUAGUGGGCAGCCCAGUAGUAAUACCGGUGGAAACCUGGAGAAGAGGAUCUCUGAAUGGGUUGCCAACCUGACUGUGGGAGAAGAGGAAGAGGUUAGUAUGUACAUCCCGCAGGAUCAGCAAGAAGCCGCCAUGAAGGCUUGGGAGGYRRAGAAAGACCCUCUGAAACGUCAAGCGUUGGAAGACGAGAAGAAGAUGGAAUGGAAAUUAGCGGUGAUGAGGGAGAAGAAGAGGGGAAUUGACAAGGCAGCGGAGGCGGCAGAGGCCUUAGAAGAGGUGAAGAACAUAGAGACGCAAUUAGCCGCCCAGCCCGAUCUCCCGAAUCAGAUGCGAGUCAUAGCGCGGAGCGUCGCAUGCYUGGMACGGGUUCAGGCAGACCAAUAUGACUUUAGCAGAAGUCAGGACAUAGCUGUGCGCUCGAUACGAUUGGGCUUUCAAGACUUUGCUCGUGAGUUGGUAGGCGYCGUUGGAGUCRAGGUGGGUCACCGCCUCGACAAGACUGAGCGGUUCUGCGCCGGCGCCAUUGAAGGCGUCAAGGCGGCAGCUCCCAAGGAGGAGGAAGCACGUCCUCCUCGCCGGGAGCCUGUCAAACCCUGGGGGAGAAUGAGGAGCAAUAUUGUCCCUCAGGCAGAAAGAGAAGCGGUGCAGCAGGAAUUGGCAAGGGAGGAGGAUCUCCUUCGUCGACAAGCCAAGGAAGAAGAAAAGCAGUUGGAAUGGAAACUGCGCCUCGUGAGGGAGAGAACGAGGCAACUGGAGGUGGCAAAGAGAAUGGAGAGAGAACUGAGGGAUGCUAAAGAGCGAUUGGAGAUGCUUGGGGAACAGGUGGAUACUAACAGGAUUGUAAAGGCCAUCUCCCAGAACGCGACUGCCAUGCUGAAAGCACAACAAGAGAAGUUGCGUCACCUUAGGGCCUUGAUAUUGCCCUGCAGUCCAUGCGCUUAGGCUUUAAGGAUUUUGUGUGAGACAUGAUGCUUUGCAUCUCCAGCGAUACGCAACAAAGAAGUUUUGUAUUG